AUGAACGCCACUUUUUACUCUUCAAACCGCGUGCGGUGUCGCCCUCGCGUCCCGCUGUCGCAGAGGAAGGUGCGGGGCCCCGGAAAGGAAGCUCCUCGGCCCGCGCUGCUCCCGGUCCCUCGCCCCUCCCGCUCCUGCCGCCGCGUCCCCGCGCUCUCCCGCCUCCUCCGCGGGAGUCGGGGUCCCGGACACCGGGUUCUGUGCGGGCGCGUCCACACGGACAGGGCCGGCGUGGCGGGGUCCCUCCCAGCCUGCGGUGCCCCCGCUGGCCCCGCGCAGCUCUGCCCGUCGCGGCGCCUCGGAGGCCCCGGCCCCGCCGCCCAGGGUCCCGGCGACCGAGCCAGGGCCAGCCCCUCGGCAGGGUCGCCCUCGGGCCUCGGGGCCAAAGGCAGAGGCGGCGUCCGCUCCGUCCCGCACCACGAGGGGCCCCCGCGCGGCCCGUCUUGUUUUAGGACCCGCGGGCUCCUGCGGAGAGAGAGGGGUCCGCGGGAGACGCGGGGAGGGAGGCGGCGGCCGGCGCGGCCCUCGGCCAGGGUGUCUGGGUUUCGGGGUCGACGCUUCGAGACCCGGCUGCGGUCAGAACGUCCAGCUCCUAAGUCCCCGCGGGACGCUCAAGGCCGCUGUCACACUCGACUUCGGAGCCCGACCCCGGGGGUCUCCUCCCUCCGCCCCCAGCUGCGCCGGAACCAGGACUCCGGGCCGCGGAGCCCGGCGUCGGUGGAGACCAGGGGUCCCCGAGCGCCGGCCGCCCCGGCCCGGGCUCCUCCGGGGCCGCGGGUGAGCCGAGCGCGGGCAGCUCCGAGGCGCGGGCCCGCGGGCUCCCCGUGCGUCCUGCCGCCCCCUGGCUCCGCGGAGAAGACGCCCGAGGCCGGCAGCGGGCGGAGGCGCGCCCCAGCUCUCCCGCCCCGUGGGCACGCGCGGGGCGGGGCGACCGCGGGCCUCCCGCGCUGCGGACGGCGUCCUCCUCCGGGCGCCUUUCGCUCAGAAGCUCCUCGACCAGGGCUCCGGGGCACAGCAGGGCUGACGGCCUCAAGGCUGGGGAAGUCCGUUAGGCACUCUAAAAACCCAAGCUUUCCCGUCAGUAAGGCACUGAGAGUUGGCUUCGGUCUUGGUUCGGAUAUUCCCCUUUUGAGCAAGGAGACCUCCCGCUGCCGGGGAGAAGAGAGGUUCACGGCUCUUGUUCAUCGAACCGGAUCCGUCCGUAGGACGUGCCACCUCUGCUUUCAACGUCCUGAACGCUCCCUCGGCAUCCUGUGCUUUUCAGUCGGUUUUCUUUGGACGCGCCCUUGUGUCCCGCCCGCACCCCGCCGCCGCCAGCCCGGCGCGGGUCUCGGUAGCUUCUGCGGCCGAGCGGGUCUGCGGGCGCCGGCCACGAGGGGGCGCGAUCGUCCACCCCGCCUCGGUCCCCGCCUUUUCUCUUUGGCCGGGGAGUUUCUGUCCGCCAGGACGUUGGGGAUCAGAAGCGAGGAUGAGGGAGGUACGAGAACAGACACGUCCUGGGAAAGGGGUCGGCCAAAUGCCCACGACUCCCAACACCGGAUCUGGGGUUUUCUUCCGGAUUGUAGUUCAGUUGUUAGCGAACACCGACACAGGAUCGUUUCGCCACCGCACACGAGGGCCAGUCGCUGGAACGCCAGGCUUGUGGCAAGAGAAGAGGUUUAUUAUCCAAAGGCGGCCAGACGUGGAGAUGAGAGUGAAAACUUAGAUCCGUCUCCUCGAAGGGAAAAAGGCUACUGAAGCAUGGCAGGUGCAAACUGGAGGCUGAGAGCUCGCUCCUGCUGUGUGCCUGUGGAGGUAAGAAGAGAGGGCUGAGAGAAGAGGUGGGGGGGGG